AUGUGCCGGGAUGAGGCCGGAGUGGGGCUGCUGCACAAGGCCAUAUUCUACGACUACAUGGACAUAGCAGAGUGGCUGGUCAAGCAGAACCCAAUGCUGGUGCAUCAGAAGGAUUCCGAAGGCCGGACACCCCUACACUACGCCGCGGUGUGCCGCGACGAGGCGGCCGCGGCGGCGCUGCUGGAGGGCGCGGGGGCGGCGCGGGGCGCGCGCGACGCGGCCGGCAGAGCGCCCGCACACUACCGCGGCCCGGCCCGCUCGCUGCUCGCGCUGCCCAGCUCGCCGGACAUGGCCAGGGAAACGAGGAACCCACCAGGUUUGGUGAUAAAACGCCACAACAUACGAAUAUGGUGCCACGACUGCGACAUGUCGCGUCUGCAGCGCGUCGUGUGGGAGGGCCACGGCGCGAGGCUGCUCAGCGAGGUCUCCAACCAGCCCGUAGUCAAGAAGUUUCUAGAAGCCGUGCCUUAUAUUAUGAAUACGAUUCGGGAAAUCCACAACUCAGUCGUCCAGAAUGACCUGGAGGGCCUCAUGAAGCACUCCGGGGACCCGGUGCCUCCGCAAGCCCUCUCCAGCAGGGACGCUCAUAACAUGACAGUAAUGCAUAAGGCUGCAGGCCUUGGCCACGGGGGUAUACUCCGGUACAUCGCAGAGCGAUACCCUCAGGGCAUCAACGAUAUUGACAACGACGGUCGCACCCCCCUCCACUAUGCAGCUACGGUCAGAGAUGAACAGCACACGUAUAACAUGCUGGUCAGUAUGGGGGCAGACGAGGCCGCUACUGAUAACAAAAAUAAAACCCCGGGUUACUACAUUAAUAGACCACAUGAAAUAGACAAGUCUAAUCUAAAAUCUGUACCUGAGGCACCCAGAACUCCAUCAAGUGCAUAUCCAUCAUCAUGGGACUGGAAACUACUUGAUACUGAAGUAAUACAAGAAUUAAAUAAAAAAUCGAGGAGGAAGAAUACGAAAACAUCAAAUGAAAAUUUAUCAUCUAAAAACAAUACUCAAACAGUUUCGGAUAGCACGGAAACUCACACUACAAAUGCAAUGAAAGCUAGUAGUACACGAGAGUUCAUAAAAAAUUUACCAGACUUGGACGAUAAAAAAGUAUAUCAUACAAAGGUUGAUGAAGUAGUUCAAAAUGAUCAAACUGAUGAAACUGAAAAAGAUGCUAAAGAAGAAGAAGAACCUUCAGAUAAAGAUGAUGAGGCAGAAAAACAUGAUUUUGAAUAUGAAAAGGAUUCUGAAAAAGAAGGGUUAGAAAACGAAAAAGAUGAAGAAAAUUACAAUUCUGAUGAAGAAAAAGAUGAAGAAAAUAAUGAAGAAAAAUACAAGUCUGAUGAAGAAAAAGGUGAAGAAAAACAUGAUUCUGAAGAUGAAGAAGAUGUAGUCAACCAUACUUUUAAAGCGAACAAUGAUGAAAAAAAUAACGAAAGUGAAGAACAUGAAAAUAGCGAUCAAAUAAAGGAGCCGAUAGUUUUGGAAGAAAGAAAUGACGAUGAAACUAAGCGUGAUGUGGAAAAUGAAGAUAUUGAUAGUAGUGACAAUAAUGCAGAACAGAGUAAUGAAAAAAAUGAAAAACUCGACAAAGAUGAAUCUGAAUAUAACAUAAGCAAAAAUUUUAUUGAGCAAAAUGAUGAUAAUGACGACAACAAACAAGUCGAUGAUAGCGAAAAUGAUCAAAAUGAAAACAAUCACCAAGAAAAUGAACCAGUUUUAAUAGAAGAAACAACUUCUGUGAAAAGUCAUGAUGAAGUUGAAGGCAGCGAAAAUAUCAAAGAAGAAGAUUCUGGUGUUACAGGAAGUGAAGGUAAAUUUAAUAAUGACCACAGCGAAGACGAUGAUGAUGUUCAAGUACAAGGAGAUACACACACAGAAAAUAACGAAACAUUGCAUAAAAUAGCAAACGAAUCAAUUGACACAGAAAGUACCAAGAGAGGAAACGACACCAACGGCCGAAAUACACAAGAAAGUCUUAUAUCUGGCAUUGUUAGUGGCGAAGCUGAACAGGAUUCGCAGGAUGCAAGUAUAACUCAAAGAGAAGAAUCCGUUCAUGGCGACCUGCUUGUUGUUGAUCACGAAAUAGACCCUGAAGUCACAGAAUUAAUAAAUAGUGCCAAUAUGGAAAUGUUAGCUACUUUAGUUUUAAAUGGCGAAGGAUCGAGACUAGUAGGUAGAAGAUCUGGAAACUCUGAAUUACAAGCUUUCUUAGACAACGUUCCUACAUAUAUGCAAAAAAUUAACAGAGUUCACUUGGCAGCUAGAGAAGGAAAUAUAAGGGAACUGCAAGCAGCUUUGGAUAGAAGAAAGUUUGCAAUAGCACGGGAUCCGAUAUCACCUAACGGUGCAACUCCGCUACAUGUGGCUACAGUAUUCGGAAAAACAAACAUCAUGAAAUAUUUGGGCGGAAGGUUUCCAGAAACACUAUCUGCUGUAGACUUUGAAGGAAGAACUGCUUUACACUAUGCCGCUGUGUUGCCAGAUAAUGGACAUUAUUACAAUUUAUUACAGCAGCUUGGUUCUAAUUCAAAAGACUUAGAUGACAAUGGUCGAACUGCUGAAGAUUAUUUAAAAAAUCCGGACUUGCUUCCGUUUACUCAAUUGAUGUCAGAUUAUGGAAUAACUGAAGAAUUCGCACGUGAAAUGUUAUCAGAUAAAGGUAGCCGAGCUGCUAAUGGCCACAUGGACAUUCCCAUCUUUCAGACCGACGAAGGCAGAUACCUAGCAAAGUCUCUCGGCGAUCCUUUGAUCAAAGGUCUGACCGAAGUGGCUAACGUUAAACCCAAGGACCCGGUUGCAUUUCUGGCGAGUUUUCUUCACAAUUUCCCUGAUCAAGAGAAACCUCAAUUAGGUACGCAGGAGAAUCUGAUGGUGACCCGUCAGGCGGCAGAAGUGGAGAACAUGCAGGCACCACCAGACGUCGCCGCGCCCGCGAUGGCGGCUAAGGUCGCCCGCAGCGCCUCCAAAACCGCCACCAAACACCGCCCCAUAGAGGUGGUGACGGUAGACCCGCAGCCCGAAACGACUCCCGAUGGACCGGAGACAGCCUUCAGCAGUGCCAGUCGAGACGAACACGGCCAAUCCAUGCUUCACUUCGCGGCCGCUCGCACCCACACCAGGAACGCGCUGUUCCAACUCCUGCAGGAAUCCGACAUCAGUCUGGGAUACCGGGACGAGCUGUACCGGACAGCCCGGGACGUGUCCAUACAGGCCAACAUCUUGGAGAACACGGCAGAGAUCGACAGAUGGGUGCUACAUUUGGCCGCGAGAGGGAAUACAGAAAAAAUAAUGGAGUUACUACUAGAAGGUUACGAUCACAUUCUAGACGUAGUCGAUGAAGAAGGCGUGACAAUCACCGACGUGAUCACCCAGCGAGGGGACAGCGAAAUGGGGAACCUUCUCGCUUCCAUUCCAGCGUUUGAGGAGUCGCGAGAAGCUCUUCACGGCGCUGUCAGACGUGGUGACCUGUUGGCUGUCCAGGAAAUACUGUCGGCUGAAGGAGGACGUACGCUCGCCCGCAGUCAGAACACAUUUGGAAGAACCGCCCUGCACAUCUCUGUUCUGGCCCAAAACGAGGAGAUCGUCGCCUACUUGGCGCAAACUUAUCCUGAACUGUUACGGAUUGGAGAUAAUCUGGAACGCAUGCCUUUGCAUUACGCGAUGGGAGUAGAGAAAAUAGAGUCACUGAGCAGAUUGCUGAUCCGGGCCGGAGCCAAGCGAGUCCUCAAAGACCUAAAGGGCCGGCAGCCUUCCUACUACUUCAUGAACAAGUCGGACAUAUUGCGUUUGAAAGAAGAAGAGGAAGUCUACUGAAGCAAAAACUUCAUUCAGUUUGGUUAAAAACAAGACGGAAACGUAGAACUUUUUGUAGAAACUUAGAUUUAG